AUGACUGAAACAGAGCCCAAGAUGACUGACGACAGUAAGAUGACGGACUCUCCAUCUGACAAGGAAUUCCAAACAAAUCAAACUGCCGCUUCUUUCUGGGUCGUUAUCGUCGGUCUCUGCGUCUCCGUUCUGCUUGUCGCUCUGGACAAUACAAUUAUUGCAACAGCCAUCCCCAAGAUCACCGACCAUUUUCAAGCGCUUGAUGAUAUCGGGUGGUAUGCAUCAAGUUACCUCUUGACAUCAUGUGCAUUUCAGCUCAUCUUCGGCAAACUCUACACCUUCUUCCCUGUCAAACAUGUAUUCCUCUCCGCAAUCGGUCUUUUUGAGAUUGGAUCUGCCGUGUGUGGUGCGGCGCCUAUGUCGGAUGCAUUGAUCGUCGGCCGAGCAAUCGCUGGUCUGGGAUCCGCGGGAAUCUUCUCUGGUGCCUUGGUCAUCAUUGCCUACUCAGUUCCUCUCGACAAGCGCCCUAUGUAUAAUGGUCUUUUUGGGUCGAUGUAUGCCAUUGCUUCGGUCGCUGGCCCGUUAAUGGGAGGCGCGUUUACAGACCACGUCUCGUGGAGAUGGUGCUUCUACAUCAACUUGCCCUUUGGAGCGGCCACUAUGAUUUCAAUUCUUAUUUUCUUGAAGCUACCACGCCAGGCCUCCGCCGGCCCGACCUCAUGGAAGGAAAAAUUGAACCAGAUGGACGUCUUUGGAACGAUUGUCUUCAUACCUGGAAUCGUGUGUCUCCUCUUGGCACUGCAAUGGGGUGGAACGCGCUAUAACUGGGACAACGGUCGUAUCAUCGCUUUGUUCGUUGUUUUUGCCGUUCUAAUGCUCGUCUUCAUCGGAAUCCAAAUCUGGAAAGGAGACUACGCUACAGUGCCUCCACGAAUUAUCUGCCAACGCAGCAUGGGGCUAGCAACGUUCUACGCCUUCCUUCUUGGCGCUUCAUUUUUCAUAAUGGUCUACUAUCUACCUGUUUGGUUCCAGGCCAUUAAAGGUGUCUCCGCUAUGAAGUCAGGAAUUAUGACUAUUCCUCUGGUGUUGACCCUCGUCUUGUUCUCUCUUGCUAGCGGGGCUGGAACGACCUUUUCGGGACAUUAUGUCCCAUUUCUUUAUUUCGGCUCUGUUCUCUCUGCUAUUGGCGCUGGCCUACUUACGACCUUCACCACUACCACUGGCCAUUCUAAAUGGAUUGGGUACCAGUUCAUUUACGGGGCAGGCAUUGGUGCCGGCAUGCAAAUGCCGAUUAUUGCGUCACAGGCUAUUCUUAAGCUGGAUGAUGUUCCAGUCGGCACCGCCAUUGUUAUCUUCGCCCAAACGCUGGGAGGCUCCCUUUUUGUCUCUGUUGCGCAGAACAUCUUCAACAACCGUCUUGUUCAGGGUGUGAUAGAAUGGGCUCCUCAUGUGAAUCCAUCAAGUGUCGCGGAAGCCGGCGCGACAAAUCUGGGUUCUAUAAUUCCACCAGAAUUCAUGUCUUCUGUUCUCGUUGCAUACAACCGAGCAUUGACUGAGACAUGGUAUGUAUCUGCCGCGAUGAGUGCUGUUUCCAUCCUCGGAGCCCUUGGAAUGGAAUGGCGGAAUAUCAAAGCCAAAAAAGCUUCUGAAUCAUCUGCAUGA